GGCACUUACGCCGCUCAAGUCCUCCCUGCAAUGAAAAAUCUCCAACAGGCGCUGGUGGAGGCAAAACUCUCCAGCUACAUCCAGGUCUCCACUGUCGUGUACCCUAUCGUGCUCGGAACCUCGUAUCCCCCCUCCGCAGGCGUAUUUGCCCAGAAUGUGGCAGGAAUCAUGGGUGAUAUUGUAAAAUAUCUGCACAGCAACAACGCACCGCUCCUAAUCAAUGUUUACCCGUACUUGGCUUACAUCUCAGAUAAGCAACACAUCUCAUUGGACUACGCCUUAUUUAGGUCUAACGAACCUGUAGUCAUAGACGGAAAUUGGAAAUACUACAACCUGUUCGACGCAAUGGUGGAUUCGUUUGUAGCGGGGAUGGUGAAGGUAGUCGGUAGUGAGGAUGUCAAAGUCGUCAUAUCUGAGACUGGUUGGCCAAGUGGCGGAGACGAUCCGAGCUUAUCGGUCGAUAAUGCUCAAACUUACAACAACAAUUUGAAGAAUCGGAUUAAAAGCGGUAAAGGGACACCGCGGAAGCCGGAUAUGAAUCUGGAGACGUACAUUUUUUCCCUGUUCAACGAGAACCAGAAACCAGCUGGAAGAGAGCAACACUUCGGAACAUUUUAUCCAGACAUGACCCCAGUCUACCCAUUAUGGUAGUCUUAAACUUAGAUUAUUACAUACUGAGUAUGUGGUUUAGUACAAUAAUAAGCUGUUCACAAAAGAAGAAUACAAACCAUUACGUAAACAGAUGAAAGUAUAUGUAAUAAAAAGAGGCUAAGAGGUUGUUGGGAUCGAAGAAAAUGGAAGUAUACUC